UGGACACAAUACACCUGCAUAUUCCGUGCUGCCAGACGCACAAUAUCAUCUAUUUACAUGCAAGUACUGUACAACAGUCUCUCGCCAUCUCCAUGUCGCUUCCUUCCAUCUCAUAAUGAUGCUGCUAUAAACACUGUGACGAGGCGGUGGGCAUCGCGAAGUACAAUAUUUUUCCAGCGGUGAGCGGUUCCUGUAUCUUGCAAGAGUCAGCAAGACCUUACCAGUGGAGCGGCGGGUCAAGUGUUGAGACGAACAUCAGACACCGUGUGGUGUGGUCGGUGGUUAAACACUGAAGCACAAUAAACUGAGUCUCCGUACUGCACCUUGGUCCUGGCAACGUGUGUGUGAGGACAUCACAACAAACCCUGUCACGCAGGUCUGUAGGUCUGUAGAUCUGUAGGUCUGCAUGUACAGUGUGAUGCCCUCCAACCUUGCAGGAUAGUGUUCAAGUGAGUGGCGCCUGACAGUUGUCACACACGUUGUCUGGAGGGAGUUGGUGAGCGAACGGCUGCGGAGUGGUGACGAGUGUUACCCGGGUCAGGCGAUAAGACGCGGCGUUAUGUUGUUCCUGUAAUCAAACAGAUGCCGGCACAGCAAGGACGAUUAAUUUCGGAAACGUGCGACGAUUAUUGGUUUUGAAGAGGCGGCGCACAAUGAUGCAGCGUGGGCGGAGAGUGUCUGCUGCCAAGCAAACACAAAAACCCUCUCAACGCUCAUAAUGACCAAUAAAACGUUUCAACCGGUCACAGCUGACGACAGUGUCGCCUCCAGCGCCAUACAUGACGCAGCCGUCACUUCCCAGUCCGUCCACCAGUCUAAGCAUUGACGUCGCGCUCCAGGGACCAGCCAGUGUCAGCAUACAAAAGAUGGUCUACCGAAGACCUUCAGAAACGCCCCCUUCUCCUUGUGUGUAUUUGUGCAUCCCCGCGCCCCAGUUGAUGGGCGUGGUGGCCGCCGUGGUGUGCAGCUUCCUGGGCACGGCUCUGGCACAAUUUGGUCCUCAGUGCGAGGAGAUAAAGAUUCCCAUGUGUCGUCAAAUGCCGUAUAACCUUACACGGCUGCCCAACCUCCUCCACCACUCCACGCAGGAGAAUGCACAGCUGGCCAUCGAGCAGUUCAAGCUCUUAGGAUGGACCAAGUGCUCGGAUCAGCUGGAGUUCUUCCUGUGCUCCAUGUACGCCCCGAUCUGCACGGUGGACUUUGUAAGUGAAGCCAUCCCGCCCUGCCGCAGUGUGUGUGAGGACGCGCGUGAUGGGUGCGAGCCGCUGCUAGCCAAGUUUGACAUCCCUUGGCCGCCUGCUCUCGCCUGCGAAGCCUUGCCCUGGUACGAUCGUGGCGUGUGUAUCACUCCACAGGCCAUCAUUUCUGACGUGACACCUCCACCGCCGAAAGAACAAGCUCCCUGCCUGUGUCAGCCUCAGCGGGGGCUUCGCAAGCGGCUCUAUAAGAAGGCUGGGUUUCACUACGCGGUGCGCGGGACCGUGAAGAGUGUGGAGACGUUUGGCGAACUGACCCUCACGACGGUGGCGGUGAAGGAGGUGGUGCGGGAGGGCCGGGUGAGGGUGGCGACUGGUCAAGACGGACACUUGUGGACUAACCGAUCCUGUGUGUGCCCAUCACUUGACAUAGAUCAAGAGUACCUGAUGCUGGGGUGGGAGGACUUCGCCAACAGUUGCCUCCUGUUUCCCGAGGGCAGUCUUGCACUCCCCUACAUGAAGAAGUACGCUAGGAAAAUCAAGAAAUGGGAAGCUGAGGCCGCCCCCACCCCCGUCCCCAGCACCAGCCCCGCCCACUACGCGCCCACACCCUCCCGCAGCCAGAUCAGAAAUAUUUACAAGAGAAAAAAGAAGAAGAAACGGAGGAGGAGGAAGAGAAGAAGAAGGCGAAGAAGAAAGGGAAGAAUCACUAAAAGACGUGAGCAAGAGGAGAAAUCAGGAGGGAGGUGACAGAAGAGGAGUGUAAGGGAAGCACCGCGACCGCAACCAGCAUUGUAAUCCUAACACAUCGACUGAUCAGUGUUAGGUUACAGGCUGUCUUGUGUAAAUAUCUGAAAUAUCACAAAUAUCAGUUUAUGACGUAUUAUUAAUGACUGUAUGAAAUCUAACAUACGGUAUAGAGCUUUCCUUCGCGUAUAGUCUAAAAACCACACGUAUAUGCAACCUACGAGUAAUGAAACAGAUGAGUAAUGCACAACAGGUUCGUCUCUACUCAAAAGAUUCUGUUCCGCGUUUCGAGAAGUACCGAACCUAAUGUGGGGGUUAGGAUCAUAUUCUGAAACAUUUAUGCGCCGCACCUCCACCAAACUCUAGACUAGUUGAAGUUACACGAGUUUGUACGAGUGCUUUUACGGUUCUAAUGACAUACUGACUAAAUUUCUACAUUAUUAAUAUGAAAAACAUUCUUGAGAACCCGUUAAAUCAUCUCCGUGACCUUUAAGAUUAGUCGUUAUGAUAGAGCAAAAGGGUUUUAGAAUACAGGCCUUACUGCGUUCAGUUGUGGAGGGUCAGGGGCCAUCUUCGUGCUCUGUAACCCGAAUGAAUCAACUAAACCACAGAAAGAAAAAAAAAAAAUACACCGUUAGCUGAUGUGUGGCCGGUGUACAUAUAUUCCUCGUUUGUUGUCGUCAGUCACAAGACAACCUUCUCUAAAGUUUCGGCGUCUGUCUCGACAACACGGAACAGGCUCGAAGUGGUGGAUGUCAUUGUUUCUUUUCAAGGGUGUUUGUAUGAUUCUUGUGAUAGUUUAGCAAUGACUGUACAUCAUCGUAGGGAGAAACACCCGUGACAACUCACCUGAUACAUCUCCCUGGGUCUUAUACGUACACGUGCGUAGUUGCUUUAUAUUAGUACCGUCAAUAAAAGUUUUAUUAGGA